AUAUCACGUGAUCCAAAAUGGGCAGUCCUCUGACGGUGCUGAAAAAAAGCCAUUUUCUGGCGCUGCUGCAAAUUCUGUCCAUGUCCAAAUAAUUUAGCUGGAUCCUCGCUGGGAGGAGAAGGAAACUUUGAUGUCCAGUCAGAUCUGUCCAGAUGGAUAAAAUGCAGCCAAACCGGAUUAAAAUCACAGAUCUGAAUCCACACCUCACAUGUCCACUUUGCGCUGGGUACCUAAUUGAUGCUACAACCAUCGUAGAGUGCCUGCACUCCUUUUGUAAAACUUGCAUUGUUGCCUUCCUGGAGACGAAUAAGUUCUGCCCUCGAUGUGACGUCCAGGUUCAUAAGACAUGUCCACAGCUCAGCAUUAGAGCCGAUAAAACUCUACAAGAUAUUGUAUAUAAGCUUGUUCCGGGGUUAUUCAAAGAUGAAAUGAAGCGGAGGCGGGACUUCUAUGCAGAGAAUCGUGUGUUGGAACCAGGGGAAGUGGUGGAGACAUUUAACAUAGCAGAGGAUGAAAUCAUCAGUCUGUCCAUACAGUUCUACGAAAGGAGCAAAAAUAAUGAGAUGCAGCGUUCAGAGAUGGAAGGAGACAAGUCCAACGGUAAACGCUUCCUGCAGUGCCCAGCAGCCAUGUCUGUCAUGCACUUAGCAAAGUUCCUCCGAAGCAAGAUGGAUAUUCCCAACAACUAUCGGGUGGAGGUGUUGUACGGAGACGAGCCAUUGAAGGACUACUACACACUAAUGGAUAUCGCUUACUUCUAUGAGUGGAGACGGACUGGGCCUAUUCCCCUGCAGUAUCUGGUCAAACCCAACCGCAAGCGCAGAAGGCAGUCUCAGUCGGCUGCCCAGGGCCACUCUGACGGUGUCAACACCAGCCCAACGUCAGAGAGUGAUUCCCAGAGCGACAAAGUCCACAGUCCUGCUGCAGCCCAGCCACCCAGAGCCUCCUCUCAGUCCAGCCCUGCGUCCCACAACCCCUCCUCCACCAUCCAAAGCUCCAACGGUCCCACUGUGCCCAACAAAACUCAGCGACACACACUCGCCUCCAAACAGGGCGCCAACACCCGCAAGGUGACUGUCAACGGCACAAGCUCCGGGGCCAGCAAAGAGGAGGCGAGGGGUGGCGACAAAAGUGGGGCGCCACCGACAACCUAACCUGCAUACAAGGCUACAGGGAGGACAGUGUUUGAAUUGCUCCCUUUGUUAUUUCUAUGAGCUCCAGACAUUGUCCCUCUGGACAAACAGGAGGCCGAUUACUGUCAUCACCUUUCAGCAGGAACGACUGGAAAGUGCAGCCAAAUAGACACUUGUGUGUAUGUGCGUGUGUGCGCGUGUGUUAAUGUGUGUUAGACUAGAACGAUGCACACAUACAAACUGUACAGUAUGUAACAAAUGUGAGCAUGUGUGCAUACAUAUGUAUAAACUUAUCUUUUAUACAAGAUAUUGUAAUCGUUUUGUAUUGUAUAUGCAGUGGGUCUGUUUCAUUUCAUAGUUCAGCAGCAGCAGCAGCAUUAUGCUUCAUUAAAGCUUGACAAGAAGCUGAAGGUGCUGCAGUGUGCGUCCCUGCAGGAGGUCGAUGUAAAGAAAAAAAGAAGCUAAUCCUUGCCUUUGAACAGUCAUGUUAAUAACUGCUGUAUAAGUGUCCAGUAUAAGCAACCGCUCAUCAGGUUACCCAGGUACAUUACAUUUAACUGUCAAUGCACUUUGUUAAAGUCAGACCACGCAUCCCAAACCAUCAAGUAUUUUUCAACAGGAGAAGCGUUUCACAUUUUCAGAUUUCCAAGCACUACCAUGUCACGUCAGCAGAACACUUUCGUUCUCUUGUCGCAGUCAAAGAACUCAAAAGGGAUUUGGAUAUUUGGCCAUGUUUGUUGUAGUUCCAUACAGAUCAACAUUCCUUUUGUUUCUUUUCAACAAAAAAUGCUACUUUUUUAUCAGCCAUAUGUGCAUGUUUUAGGUCAAUAAAAUGUUUACUUACUA